UCAAACCCCCUGUUUCGCUCCGCAUGAAAAAUUUACCUCGAAACGCCGUUGUGCCGCUACAAGUACAGAAAAGGCGUUUAUUUAUGAACAUAGCGUUUGCACUUUGUGACAUUUAUUUUGGGUCCGUAAAACAGAUAAUCGUUAAAAAUUGUUUGCACAUUUAAAUUAUCGCUGAAAAAAUGGAUAAGCCGUAUGUUUUGUGUCACAUCGAAAAAGCGGUGGAUUUUACAAUUUUCGACACUAGAUGGUUACCGUGUUCGGCAAAAUGUGUUGUUCUCGGAAGUAAACCGAAUGGCAAAGGUGUCUUGCGUGUAUUUGAAAUGAAUACUGGUCAUUUGGAUGUGGUAAAAGAGUAUGAAUACAAAACAACAUUGAAAAGUGGUUCGUUCGGUGCAAAUUCAUUAAAACGAAGUCAUAUGUCCGUUAUUAGUUUUGAUGGUCAACUCCAAGUAUUGGAUUUAGAACGACUUGAUGCGGCGGCCAUUUAUAGUGUACAAGCUCACAAUGGUAUGGCACAUGGUUUGGAUGCAAUCGGCGGUGGAUACAUGAAAAAUUGUGGAGCUCCGGAAAUUGCAACUGGCGGAGCAGACGGAUGUGUGAAAGUGUGGGAUUUACGACAAAAAGAUUCACCCGUUGUUUGUAUGGAACCGACUACGUCACAACAAGGUGAAAACAUGCCACGAGAAUGUUGGACGGUUGCCUUUGGCGAUUCAUUUAAUAAUGAUGAACGCUCUUUGGUCGCCGGAUACGAUAAUGGCGAUGUGAAAAUGUUCGAUUUACGACAAAUGAAAAUUCGUUGGGAAACAAACACAAAAAAUGGCAUUUGUUGUGCGGAAUUUGAUCGGCGCGAUAUUCCAAUGAAUAAAUUAGUGGUGACAACGUUGGAGGGUGGAUUACAUGUAUAUGAUUUGCGAACACAACAUCCAAAGAAAGGUUUUGCAUGUGCUAGCGAAAAGGAUGCUGGCCGAUCGUUGGGCACAAAUGGUGUCAUUAACGGUGGCAGAGCAACAGUUUGGUGCGUACGACAUUUACCACAAAAUCGUGAGAUAUUUGUUACAUGCGGUGGAACGGGAGCAAUACGGCUAUGGCAAUACAAAUAUCCAGAGAAACGUGUUAAAGAAGCCAGUGAUGGCUGCAGUCAAGGUGUUGCUGGAAAAUUACAAAUGUUACAAGCCACAUCGGUCUCAAGUCAACCGAUAAAUUCGUUUGAUUGGCAUACAGACAAAAUUGGCCUUGCUGUUUGCGGCUCAUUUGAUCAGGCUGUACGCAUUUUACUCACGACAAAUCUGAAUUUAUACUAA